AUGACUGUGUGCUUCUGUUCGAGCCUCGCUAACCUGAUCAGUCAUUUGAACCUAGAUGUACCGAUGGCGGAUUUAGAGCGCGACACCAUUCAGACCAAAACUGAACACGACGUUUCCCAAGAAUCAGCGGCCGGUAAUGGAGCAAAUCAUGGCCAAUCUGGCGUCAGCAGCGUGGAAGCCUUCAACCGUGUUCUAUAUCACUCAGGAAAGAAGGGAAAGGUGCUGCUCAUAACCCUCGUAUUCUCGAUCGGCCUCACUAUGUUUGCAUAUGCCUUGGAUCAGGGAAUCACAUCCCAGUUCAACACCAUGGCCACAUCCUCCUUUUCGAUGCACGCCGAACUUGGAGCAGUGAAUACUGCAAGCCAAAUCAUCCGAGCCAUCUCAAAGCCCUUCAUCGGAAAGCUUGCGGAUAUCACUUCCAGACCGACAACAUACUUGGUUGUGCUUGUUUUCUAUGCGGUCGGGUUCGCCGUGGCUGCUAGCUGCACCAAUCUCGCUGCAUAUACCGUUGGUAUCUGCUUCACAGCAUUUGGCAAAUCUGGCCUGGAUCUCCUGAGUGACAUUAUCGUUGGUGACCUGACAACACUCCAGUGGCGCGCCUUCUGGGGUGGCAUGCUGAGUACUCCAUUUCUGGUCACUACGUUUGUCAAUGGAUUUAUUGCAGAAAGCUUCAUCCCCGAGAAAUGGAGGUGGGGCCUGGGGAUGUUUGCAAUUAUGGUUCCAGUUCUGCUCAUCCCUGCGAUCUGGAAUCUCUAUGCAAUGCAGCACAAAGCCAAGAAAGCUGGCAUGAUCAGCAUGGGAGACAGUGGGAAUGCCCGCAAACAUGGGGAGCAAUUCCAUGGUGUCUCAGCAUAUUCUAGCUUGGCAUGGCGUGGAAUCAUUGAGAUCGAUCUUGCGGGACUUGUCCUCCUGGGGCUUGCUUUCUCCCUCAUUCUUCUCCCCUUCACUCUAGCCCAAUCGGCCAAGGGGGGCUGGAGUAAUGCCAGUAUGAUAGCUAUGCUGGUUUGUGGGCUUGUCAUCUUGGUGUUGUUCGGAAUUUUCGAAGUCUGGUUUGCGCCAAAGCCCAUCAUGACUCGACGGAUCCUCAAGAACAAAGCAUUCCUUGCUGCUGUCAUGGUUGAUAUCUUCAAUCAGAUGGCCAGUGCGACAAGGAAUAACUAUUUCUCAUCGUAUAUCUACAUCAUCAAACCUUGGUCCAACUAUGUGUGGACUGUGUUCCUGGGGACUACAACUUUGUGUCUCUGCCUGUUCAGUCCUCUUGGUGGCUUGCUGCACGCGAAAACGCAUCGAUACAAGACACUAAUGGUCACAGGAGCUGUGCUCAAGUUAAUCGGAUAUGCAAUUCUCAUCACCGGCUCCAAUCGAAGUACCGAGAAGACUGGUGCUCUUGUUACUUCUCAAAUUCUACUCGGAACUGGAGCUUUGACUGUUAUUGGCGCUCGAGUUGGCUCGCAAGCUUCUGUGCCGCACGAGGACAUGGCCACAGUCAUUUCCAACCUGUCGUUGUGGAGUACGCUGGGAAGCUCAGUUGGAUACACAAUUGCUUCAUCAAUUUGGACCGAGAAAAUGCUAGCUUAUAUGAGAGACGAAUGCCCUGCUGGCACCCCUGAAAGCAUCCUGAAAAAGAUCUAUGGGUCCAUCAAAGUGCUUCGCACGAAGUAUGAAUGGGACGACCCGAUCCGUCAGGGUGCUAUUCGAGCAUAUACCAGGACCAAUGGGGUUAUUUUCACCAUUGCAACUCUGCUUGCUGUGAUUCCAGUCAUCUUUUCGUUAAUGAUGCCAGGUAAGAGGCGCGAUGUUAUGGACUCGAGAUCUGAUUUUAACAAUUCGUGGCAGACUAUUACCUCGGAAAGCAGCAGAACGCAGUUACCAACACUGGACUUGAUGGUGCACCUGUUGAAGUUCCCAAGAGACAGGAGCCACAAAAUCAGCAGGGAGUUUGGAAUCGUGUCAAGAAUGCUUACUACAAAGACCGCUGACAAAAGCAAGCAAGGCUGUACUUUGUUCACUUUACUCACUCAUUAUUGCUUAUACUCCUUUCAUAGGCAACGAUCCAGUGCGAGUGUACCGAAGAAAUCUGGCAUUCUUAAUCUUCUCGAAAUCUACCCAAGAAGUGAUAAUUAUCGUGAAAGAAUUUUUUUUGAUACUUGA